AUGGACCCGUACGGUAGCCAGUACGGUAGCCAGGGUGGCCCAAUCCCGGCCGAGUUCUACGGCGAACAGGAUGACGAAGAUCAGGAUGAUGUCGACGAUGAAAAUGAGGAUGGUUCCGAGUCAGGGGAGGAGUUGUCCGACCAUUCAUCGUACGGAGAUCAGAAUGACAUCUACCCACCACAAUUUCCUCUUUCUCCCGCAACAUACGAACUACACGAUAUCGCUGAAGAUGAGGGUGAUGACUCGGUCCCAGCUCCUCUUACUGGGAGGGAAGAUGACCGACUUAGACAGCUCAUUUCCCUAUACCCGUACACCUUCCUGGAUCCCAAUGGGGUCUGGACUCGGCCGGAUGUGCGAACUGCGCCGUUGCCAAUUGGGCAAUUCCGCAAAGAGAUGUUCCAGAAGAUGGCAGCGUCGGGCGCCGGAGGUCAGAUGCAAUAUGUCGAAUUUGUGCCGCCAUGGACCGACCCAGACUGGUCAAACCGGUUCAUCUUCACGGGGCAGCCUGGGCAGGACCCCGUCAAUGACCCACAGUACCAAAUGUACGCGAAGCAGGGGUUCCUCCAGACGCAAAGGCCCGCUCUCCGGGACGAGGACGGGCUGAGGGACCUCACGGCUGCCGCCAAAAGGUAUGGGGUGGAUCCCGCCAUGAAGGACGACGCGAUGUACGGUAAGUCGGGAGCCACCCCGACGCAGGGGAACUUCAACGUCCAGCUUGGGAGCCCCCAGGUGACGCCGAGCAACCAAGGCGUAAGAAACGUGGUUGAUAGGGACGACUACGAUGCACUGUUUAAUCGGUACCGGGACGCCGUGGCCGGUCAGGGCGGCAUGGCCACCGAAGACGAUUUUAAACGAGUGCUCAACCAUGUGGCUGCUGGAAACGUGAAUCCGACCUUAGGUGCUGCCUGUGAUGCGCAAAUUGCCGGUGCCCUCUUGCAAUACAUAGACGGGUUGGAUAAGUUGGUACUACGGGAUGAAUACCAGAGAAUACUGUUCAGUGGCAGUACAUCCAACGAGCUCGUGGAGACGGGUGUAUGGACAAUGGACAAGACCGCGAACAGUGAUCUGGUCACCCCAUUACACGACUUCUUUACCAAGGACAAAUGGGAGGUGACUACCAACCGGGCCACCGUCCCAAAUCCAAGAUUCGGCGUGCCCCUCGACUCAAGAAAAGUGUACAAUUUCCCAGGACAACAAGGCGAAUACUGUGCUGCGAAUGACUACUUCUGGCUCGCUAUCCAACCCGCACUUCAGCUGGCUACAAUGAUCCUCAACAGCGAUCACCCAGCAACAUGGGCCUGGGCAGAUAUUUACAGGAUGCGCCCAUGUCAGGAUUCGAGGCAGGCUGGUAAUGAGCAACAAGAUAUACGUCAGGUUCAUCGCGACGCGGGAGUCGAGCGCAAAGACUACUUCGCCGUACACCUAGAGGAAGAUCCGGAUGAGUUCUACCCGGAGAUAGCGCGAUUGAAGGAGAUGGGGUUCGAGUCGGUCCGCUGGGUCUGCGAGAUCCUGAAGGAGUGUCUCGUUUGGCAGCUUAACGCAAGGUACACCGACAAUGCCGGACAGACUAUGGCAGACGAGCACCAGAUGGCAUGGACAGAUAUACAAGCCGAGCGCGAGGAACAUAACCGGCCUUUCGUAAUCCGUAUAAGCCUCAGCGUGGAUUAUAUAUGGCCACUGCUGAUUGAAGAGUAUUCUCAAGCUGAGAAGGCGGCCUGCAGUUUCACCCUGGCCUCGACCAUGGUGCAUGAACUUUGUCAUGCCAUAGUAUUCGCUCGAGCCCAAUUAUUUCACGUGGACAGAUUGUGGUUGAGGUUCAACCCCACUUGGGCGGCCCAGAUCGGCGAUGAGGCGCUAAAUCUCUUGCAAGUGUUUGGAUACCGACAGGUGUGGAACGACGAGGAUCUUGACAUGGACCUGAUACAAAAACAAGACGAGGGCCACGAUUACCUCGAAGACGAGGAUGAUUGUGAAGAAGGCUGGGCAACUGAAAAUCUGUAUUGGGGUGGCGCUCCAGACAGUCUGGGUAAGGGUGACUUCCUCCCACAGUCGCGGUUUCUCUUGGAGGUUUUGACCAUGGUUUCCUUCAACUCAUGGCCGCCACUUCAACAACCCGUUUACAAGGCCAUACCCUUCGCCAUGUUCGAGAGAUUUUUCACCCAGAGUUUCUGGGACCAAGAGCUGCAGAAAUGGGGCCCGGAGGCAAUGAAGAUUUGGCCCUUGGACGCUCCAAGAGCGUAUGGCAGCUGGUCAGUCUUCAAGUGGAGACAGAUUGAACUUCGAUUCGGUGUUCCAGCGAGGCGAUGGAUGCAAGACGUAUCGGAACGAGUCCAGUAUGACGACGAGCACGGCCUGCUCUGGCAAUGGCUCAAUCAACUGGCCUACCUGGCUGUUGAGCCAAAAGCGUGCAUGGUCCGGUGGAGAAAACAGCACAGUGACUGGAAGUUGGCGGACAAGCUGCUGUGGACCAAACGAAACGACUGCAAAGCCAAAGCCGACCAACUAGUUGCGUACCUGCAACAGCUCUACAACGAAGUCCACCCGGCGCAGCCCUCGUCGAACCCCCCGCCGCCUAUCGAAUUCAAGUAUUUCAGGGAAGCCUUCGCCGCCAUGUCCAAGAUGCACAGAGCCCUGAGCCAUGAGGUGGCGACCUAUCAGCUCAUUACUGCCGAUUAUCAUAAACAAACGGAUUUUCAAACAAAGACUGACAUCCUGACCUUCUAUGCCAUAAACUUGUGUCUCCGCCUGGAUGCAAUUCACAGCCAGAUCGCUGCUGACUGCAUUCAAUUCUUGGAUGUGUUCGAAUCCACCGAUCCGGCGGUUCUUGCAAGAAUAAGCCAAAACGACCAAGCCGUGGAUUUGUUGGACAACGCAAGGAGGGUGCUGAGGGAGAAGUUCGUAGCGAUCCAGCACGCCAUCCGGCCAGUAAGACUAUCGUUCGAUCAGAACCCCCUGGCCUAUGUCUUCAACAUACAGGACCUCAAGUACAUCAAGCCUAUCACCGCCACGGAUACCGCGCAGAGGAUCGAAAAGACGGCGAAGCAGCAACUACGCAGGUUAACAGGGCCACUGCUGACAAUAGCACAAGGGUGGAUAGCGAUACUCGAGCGAGGCGAGAGGCUCAGGAAUCCGGGCGAGGGCACACCAGAUGCAGAUCUCAACGCGAGACUGACCAGUGCAUCGGAUUUCGUCAACGCCAUCAAGCAGCGUCAUCAAAUGGAGAUGGCGCGGCAACACCCGCCUUCAGCAGAUAAUGUGACAAGAAUGUUGAUGAACCCGGGGUUGUUGCAGCCGAACCAGGCCAUGCCUGAUGCCACCAUGCGCGUCCAGCGCUUCAACACAGUCUCGGCGCGGGGGCAGAUCAACCCCUGGCAGACGGUGUACGCCGAGGCGUCAGGUUUCGUGCCGUACCGGGAUCCGAGGACCGGCCUCACCCGGUUCCACCGGGCAAACAUCCCGACCGAGGCGGGCCCGUCGGUGAAUCCCAUGGCGGCAGCGCAGGCUCAAGCCCAAGGCCAGAGCCUUGUCGCCGCCUUGGCCCCAGGCUUCACCCCAGGUGGUGACGUCCAACUCCCCGGCGGGCAAUUCCAGGCGGACCCCGACGCCGCCUUCAGAGGUCUGAUGCAAGGGCUCAGCCAGACGGCGCAGGCGCCCGGUGCUCCGCCUGAUUUCCAGCUCCAGUUUUCCGGCCAGCCUCUGAACGGGCCCAACGCACUCGAUGCUAUCAGGGCCCUCGUCAAUGAGAGAGGACGCCAGGUUCAAGCCGACCCAGCGAUAGCAGGGCACGUCGUCCCGUCAAUCUACAACCGGGCCCUGCAGACCGUCGCGGGGCCGAACGGGUCGGGCCUGAUAAACAACAACGUGCCGGGCGCCAACAACCUCUUCGGCAGGUCCGCCGCGCAGAACAGCAUGGCCAACCAGCAGAUGGAGGCCCUGAUCAGGCAGUCGGCGCUGGGGCCGGACCCGUACGCCACGCUGGGGAAUAUGGCCGCGCAGCAGGUCGGAAUGCAGGCGCCCGGGGCAGGCACCGCCCCGGCAAACCAGCUCUAUGACCCCGUCGGACAACCUCAGUACCAGCCGCAGGUUGUUCCCACUCCUCCACAGAAUCCAUUUCCGCCCGGAGGAGGAUUCCAGGGUCCCGACGUGUUCCCUCCCCCGCAGGCACCACCAUUCCCGCCUCCGGGAGGAUAUCAGGGGCCGGACGUGUUUCCUCCUCCAGUGGCGCCUCCGCCUCAACUGUUCCAGGGCCCGCAGCAGUUUGUCCCUCCACAGCCACCAUUCCCCCCUCAAGGGGGAAUUCAGGGCCCGCAGCAGGGUUACCCCCCAGAAGCACCACGACAUUCCCCUCCUCCAGAGAUACCACCAUUUCUCCAGGAUUGGGCACCAGCCCCGCCUCCAGGGGGAUCCCAGGGCCAGCAGCCAUCCCCCGCGCCUUAG